GAAUCUCUUCAAUAAUUCUCUCACGGGCUCCAUUCCCGACAGCAUCUAUGCGCUCACGAACCUCCAAUACCUGGAUUUUGGCAGUAACAGUCUUGCGGGCUCCAUUCCCGACAGCAUCUCGGCUCUCACGGCACUCUCACACCUGGGUCUCAACUCCAACUCUCUCAACGGCUCCAUUCCCUACUACAUCUUCAACUGGCUCGAUGCACUCACAUACCUGAAUAUUGGCUUUAACUCUCUUGAGGGACCCAUUCCCAACUCCAUCUCUGCGCUCACGGCACUCAAAGCACUGUUUCUCCGCUCUAGCUCUCUCAGUGACUCAAUUCCCAACAGCAUCUCCGCUCUCACCGCGCUCAAAUUCCUUGAUCUCAGCUCCAACUCCCUCGUGGGCUCCAUUCCCGACAGCAUCUCUGCGCUCACGGCACUUGCAUCUCUGGAUCUGAGCUCUAACUCCCUCACCGGCUCCAUUCCCAACAGCAUCUCCGAACUCUUAUAUCUCGGGGCACUGGAUGUGCACCAAAAUGAAUUUUCCGGGAUCAUUCCAGCCACACUUGGGAGUCUUGCUCAAUUGGACUACCUCAACACAUCUGGCACCAGCCUCACUUGUCCUGCUGCUGACAGCACCACCUGCGCCCAAACCUUAUCGCCAAAGGCGGCCUUCUGCCAAGAUUGUGGCACCACCUGUUCUGCAUGCCAGCAAGAAACAGCAGCAGCACCACCAGCAGCACCAGCAGCAGCAUCUGGAGGUGGAGGGGGUGUAUCAGUGGGAGGCAUCAUUGGCAUUGCUGUUGCUGCUGUGGUCGUUCUCCUCCUGCUUCUGGCUGCCAUGUUGCUCUGCUUCAGGCACCAGAAGCGGCAAAGCUCAAAAUGGGCCAGCCUGGCAGCCUCGCACUGCACGGAGUUCUCGCUAGCGGAGGUCCUCAAGGCCACCAACGACUGGUCCCAGGACAACCUGCUUGGCUCGGGUGCCUUUGGUGAUGUCUACAAGGGCGUCUCUCCCCGCGAUGCCACCACACCCUGGGCUGUGAAGCGCGCCAAGCUCAUGGGCGCGGAAUUCCAGAGGGAG